UGGGAGUCAGACGCAGAUAGGGAAUAUUCUGGUGUUUACUGGAAUGCCACUGGACCAAGAGCCCAAUUGUCCGUUCAUUCUUGUUCUACAACCUCCACCUCCACUGCAACCUGUACCACCACUACCACUUUCUUUUCUACGACUGCGUACAUCGUAGAGCACAGUUUCGCCAUGGAUAACGGUAACGGCGGUAAUGACGAUAGUCGCAGUCAUCGGUUUGGGCACAACUUCCAUUUACCAACCUCACUUCAGAACGUAUUUCGGAAUAUAAACCAGGCUUUCUCCCACAAUCACAGUCAUCCUGCACAACAGGACUCUACACAGGAAGUCGUCAUGUCUGACGCGCCCCCGCUCGAGCCUAUAGACGCUCACGCGCCUGCCGUAGAUCGCGACAGGACUCCCGUUCCAGAAACAUCUGCCCUACCACUCGCAGCUCAGACCUCCCAGUCUGGAUCAUCCACAGAAGACGUAGAUAUGCCACUAGCUUCCAGCGUUUCAUCCUUGCAAACACUCACCGCCCGCGAUGACGAUGAUGACGAUGAGGGCUCCAUGCCUGAGCUGCGCUCCGUGACAGACUCUGAUGAGUCGGACGACAGCCAAUCCUCGCAUGCAGAGACAGUACCUAAUUUCCUGGCUGUCGAUGAUGACCAUGACAGUGAAUGGACAGAUGAUGAAGAUGAUCUACCACCGCUCGAGCCUAUUGCUGGGAGCAGACGUGCUCGCGUGGAGGACGAUGUAGAUGAAGCUCGGGACCGUAGGCAUCCAUCAGAGCGUGUAGGUCGUCCUGCCUCACCUCCUAUCGCUCCUCCACAGCCCUCUAACACCCAGCAGCACCCACCCGCGGGCAACCAGGCAUUCUUAGAUGGCUUCCUCGGUCCCUUAUUUGGGAUGAAUGGGAUGCCUAGUGGUAACACAUUUCCGGGACCUGGUCCUGGCGGUGAGAAUCCCACGGUAGAACAUACUGGUAUUACUUUCACGAUACCUCUUGGAGGUCCUCCGAAUCAGAAUAGAGCUGGCCCUGCUCCGCCCCCAUUUGGCCAAGCAAACGCGCAGCCAGAUGCCGGAGGUCGGGAUGAUUUUCUCCAAGCGUUCGCAGAUUUCUUGCAGCAAAUGCAGCAAUUCGGGGGGCUUGAUGAUAAUCGGGAAGAUCCUGACCGAGCAAAGAAGCUCAUUGCUGGACUGGAGACCGUACCCGUAGGGCUCGUGAAGCGGUUGGAACGAGUUGGUGGUGCACCUGGCGGCCACGUAGAUGGUACAGAAACCGACUCUUCCUCUCCAGGAUGCGCAAUCUGCUGGGAUACUUUGUUGGAUGCCGAGAGUGAUAGUUUCAAACCGAAGGCUCCAGAGGAGUCAGCUGAAGCUAGCACCGAAACAUUGACUACACCCGAAGCAGAAUCAAAUGUGCCGAUGAGCACUGAUUCUACGUCUGCAUCGAUGCCCACCGACUCCCAAAGCUCCGACUCUCCAUCAGAAUCAUACGUCCCCGGCGAAGCCAAAAUCGUCUCCCUUCCUUGCGCUCAUGUCUUCCACGAAUCAUGUUUGCUUCCCUGGUUUACGAGGGCGAAGCAAGCGACGUGUCCGACAUGUCGGUUCAACAUCGAUCCUGAGAACCUUACUAGUUCACCGCUUCCUCGUCCCCCCUUCAACUUUGGAGCGCCUCGUCCAGCUCCACAAGCAAAUGGCCCUGCUCCUGCUGCCCAGCCAGUGCCAGGUGCCGCACAAGCAGCUCCCGCUCCUCCGCCUAAUGCUGCACAACCCGUACCAGCUCCUACCGCCGAGCAAGCCGCCGCCGCCGCUCCUCCGCCUGCAGGACCCGCUGCCCCAGAACCUGCAGCUACUGCAGCGCCUCAGCCUACACCUAACCAAGUUCCCCCUAAUUUCUUCAAUCCUGGCCAGGCUGGCCAGCGCUUCACCCUAUCGAACGGCGUGCCUGUAGGCCCCGGAGCGACUGUACAUUUCCUGCAGUUCCCUGGCGGAGGGAAUGGUUUCCAGGACUUCUUUCGUCGUGGAGCAGGAGCUGCUCCCGCUGGGGCGGGGCCCAUGCCACCCCCUCCUCCUCUUCCUCGCUCCCGCACGCAGUCCCUUCCUAACAUUGCAGAAACCCGUCCCUUCGGCGGGCCGCAAGUAGGCGAAUUCGUGACUGUCGGCCUUGAUUUUUUCUUCGACGAGGGGCUGCCCGCAGACAUGCCCCUGCCACAGCAGCAGCAGCCUCACCCACAGGGGCAGCCUCAGCCUCAGCCUCGAGAUGAGGCCCGGGAGCAGCCGCAGAACCAACCUCCAGGGCCAGCUCCAGGACCAAUGCCGGGUCAGGCAGCGCCUGGUGGCGAAGUACCCCAGGAGUUCCAAAACUUCAUCAACAAUCUCAUCCAGAGUGCUACGCGCACCUUCAUCCCCAUCCCGAUCUUCAACAACGGCCAAGCCACACCACAGGGCCAGCCUACACAGGCGCAGGAGCCACCCGCUGAUGGAGCACAGGCCGCUCCUGCUAAUGCACCUCCACCCCCUCCAGGUGGUGCACCCCUGCCGAUACCACCAUUCAAUAUCCCGCAUACCCACCCCCUCCGCCCGACGCGUCCGAUGCCUCCGCGCCGGGAAAGGAAGACAUGGACGUUACCUGCUGCCCCGGGCCCCUCGCUGCGGCAACGCGUGGAGCAGAAGGAGCGUGAGGCAGGCUUGCGGUGCUACGACCCCUCGUGUGGCAUUGGCCCGUCUGAUGAAGAACCCAUCCCAGAGAUGUUCGUUGAGCCGAUGAAACAGCUCUCGAUACAUCCCUUGUUGCAUCCUGGAGUGGGAUCUCUGUGCGCGCAUACAUUCCACCCUGCGUGUUUGGUCAGUGCGGAGCGCGUUGCUGGAUGGGGUGGGGAAGAUAAAGCGGAACCGCACGUGAAGGUGGCGUGCCCUGUGUGCCGCGAUCUGGGCUCCGUCACAAGGGACGAGUGGGAGGAGGGCGUAUCGGCUCUCUGAAUGAUCGAUCGAUAUCGCGAUCGUCCGUUCAUUUUUGCAUGCUUCUUGGAAGUGUACCUGUAUUUCUUGUCUCUAGUAAUGACGAUUGAUAACCCCACAAAAUAUGUCACUUCUCAGAUUAUUUUACGUCUAGAUUCUUACUUUCAUUGCCUGUCGUCGCAACAUAGUCACGUGUAUGUAUAUGCCCCAUUCUAAUUGCACACACGCAAGAUGUACAGUCAUGCACAUUUUGAUUGAAUCUUAUCAACGCAGUUGGAUAUGCACAGAAAAAAA